AUGUUAUUUAACCCAAUUAUAAAAAUAAUAAAUUAAACUUCUCAAUAUGUAUUUAAGGAGAGUUUUUAUAUGCAACAUAAACUUUAAAAGAAACCACAGAUCCAAUUUAUUUAAAGAUCUAAUUCAUAUUCAUUGAUGGAAAAAUUAUAAACUUCAUUCAAUAAUUUAAUCCAUAAAUCACUUAAUCCAAACAAAUCACUUUUAUGUUUAUAGAUUGAACAAUUUAGAUAUCCUUUGAAAAGAUGGAAAUUAAAAAAAAGAGUAAAAAAAAUAUCAAAAUAAUAUUCUUAAAUACAAAAUAAUCUCUAAAAUGAAGAAAUAACAGAUUAAUAAAUUUAAUUUGUGCAACAACUAAUUAAAUUCGAUCAAUUUUAUUGA